CUCGCAGCAACACAUUAGUGUGGAAGCAAACACUGUCUAGCUCCGGCCUCUUCAGUCUUCUGUCACUCCUUGCUUGCAUCACAUUCAUACGUAGCGUAAGCCUAGCGUAGGUCACUGGGCAGAGAGACCAAAGCAGGCAAGCAGCAGCUCACAGCCAGACGAAACGACAUCACAUCAUCAUCCAUCCGAUCGAUUUCCAACCUCCAGCAGUCGGUGCCCCAACUACCGAUCGAUCGAUCCAUCCAUCAAGGACAUGGAAGGCGGCCUGAGCCCCGAGCGGCACGCGGCGGCGGAGCCGGUGCGGUCGCGGUGGACGCCCAAGCCGGAGCAGAUACUCAUCCUCGAGUCCAUCUUCAACAGCGGGAUGGUGAACCCGCCCAAGGACGAGACCGUCCGCAUCCGCAAGCUGCUCGAGCGCUUCGGCGCCGUCGGCGACGCCAACGUCUUCUACUGGUUCCAGAACCGCCGCUCCCGCUCCCGCCGGCGUCAGCGCCAGCUGCAGGCGCAGGCGCAGGCGGCAGCGGCGGCCGCGGCAGCAGGCUCCUCGUCCUCGUCGGGAUCGCCGCCCACGAGCGGCGCCGCCCUCGCGCCGGCCUCGUCGAUGGGGAUGUUCGCGCACGGCGCGGCGUACGGCUCGUCGUCCGCGUCGGCGUCGUGGCCGCCGUCGUCCGCGGGGAUGAUGGGGGACCUGGACUGCGGGGGCGGUGACGACCUGUUCGCCAUAUCGCGGCAGAUGGGCUAUGCGGACGGCGGUGGCUCCGGCUCGGCGGCCAUGUCGUCGCAGCAGCAGCAGUUUUACUACUCGUGCCAGCCAGGGAGCAUGACGGUGUUCAUCAAUGGCGUGGCGACGGAGGUGCCCCGGGGCCCGAUCGACCUGCGGUCCAUGUUCGGGCAGGACGUGAUGCUGGUCCACUCCACCGCCGGCGUCCUCCCCGUCAACGAGUAUGGAAUCCUCAUGCAGAGCCUGCAGAUGGGCGAGAGCUACUUCUUGGUCACGAGGGGCUAGCUAGCACCGCAUGCACAUUUCCGGAGCUAGAUGCACGCAUGCAUAGUGCUGCGUGCCAGUGAUCCGUGGAUUAGACGAUCGACCGAUCAGGAGGUUGCAAGCUACCUAUUAUACCUAGGAUAUGAGCAGUGCGUCGCCGGCAGGAUAUGAGCUACUUAUUAUAUAAACCUGUUACAGCAUAUAUAUAUAUAUAUAUAUCAUUGCAAUUUGCAAACA